UGACAAUCCAAGAUGUCGGCCGUCAAGCAGAGUAGCGAUUUUGAUGUUGUUGUGAUCGGAGCGGGAAUUCAAGGCUCGUCCACAGCUUAUACAUUGUCCAAGAGCGGUAAAAAUGUGCUAUUACUCGAGCAGUUCCCACUCCCACAUACAAGAGGCAGUUCACAUGGCCAGUCUAGGAUUAUCAGGAAAACAUAUGAAGAAGACCAUUUUGCUGAGAUGAUGCAAGAAGCAUAUAGACUCUGGGCAGAGAUAGAAAAAGACUCAAACACAGAGCUUUAUGUGAAAACUGGCAUGUUGGCAUUUGGGCCACCCACAGACAGCUAUCUUAAAGGUGCAGAGAGAGCGUUUAUCAAGUGGGGAUAUCCAUACACAAAGUUUACAAACAAGGAAUUCGCUGAAGCGUACCCACAAAUCAAUGUUCCUGAGAAUUAUAUAGCAAUUCUUGACCAUGAUGCUGGAAUACUAAGGGCUGAUAAAUGCCUUAAAGCCAUUCAGCAAUUGUUUGUUCAGAAUGGGGGAACCUUAAAAGAUGGUGUAGCUGUGAGUGGAAUUCGUCCUGGAAAUACUAUCCAUGUUUCAACAAGCAAAGGCGUAUACAGAUGUAAGCAACUUGUGAUUACUGCUGGGCCAUGGACAUCUAAGCUCCUCAAACCACUAGGCCUUCACCUCCCCCUUCAGGUAUGUUUGCACAGUGGCACUGACAUAGAUGAUCCAGAAGAUAGAGAUCUCAUACAAAAUGGUGAUGAUGUCGCUAAAACCUGUGACUUUGUUGACAAAGUUUUCCCAGGUCUAGAAAAUAAGCCAAGUAUAAUUGAACGUUGUAUGUACACUGUCACUCCAGACAAUAGUUUUGUCCUAGAUGUUCACCCAAGAUGGAACAACAUCAUUAUUGGAGCUGGAUUCUCAGGAACAGGAUUCAAACUUGGACCAGUAGUUGGGAAAAUCCUCACUGACCUAACCUUAAAGAGACCAGCAAAAUACGACCUUUCACCAUUUAAAAUAUCCAGAUUCCUCAAUACAACUGUACCAAAGUCACAGAUCUAAAACAGGAACCUAUCAAAAGGAAUUUACCUGGAGCAAGAUCAUAUCAAAUGUCACAGAUCUAAGCACAGGAAUAUCAAAUAUCACAGAUUUAAGCAUGGCAAUAUCAAAAAUCACAGAUCUAAGCAUUGCAAUAUCAAAUAUCACAGAUCUAAGC